UCCCUUCUUCGCCUCCUGCAGGUUACGACGGCCCCCUUCAGUACGCCAUGACGGACGGCGCCAGUCCGGACGCGCCCACGACCACUGUGCAGGUGCUACCAGUCGUGGGCCAGACCUCGGACUUUACUGACGAUGAGGACGACACGACGACCUCCGAGACUGAGAGGAAGUUAGCAGGGCUGCAUCUGAAGAGUUUCGUAGACGGGGAUGAAGAAGACCAGGAGUCAACACCAAUCAUUCCCUCCACAUCACCAGUGUCCCCUGAUGAGCCACCUCACGCUGUGGUGCUGCCCCAGGCCCACGCCUUCUCCAUCACCCAGCAGCAGGACCAGCAGAGCAUCAGGCCCAGCAGUGCAGACUCAAUGGGGUCAAGUGAAGGGCCCAACUCACUGGGCAAUGGGGCAGCAGUGGAGAGGUUUGUGCUGGAGCCAGCCAAGGAGGGCACUCUGGUGAAGUGCCGCAUCUCCAGGGACAGGAAGGGCAUGGACAGGGGCCUUUUCCCUACCUAUUUCCUGCACAUGGAGAGAGAUGAUGGCAAGAAGAUAUUCCUUCUAGCGGGACGUAAACGAAAGAAGUCAGCAACUUCAAAUUAUCUAAUUUCUGCCGAUCCCACUGACCUGUCCCGAGGUGGCGAGUCCUUCUGUGGGAAAUUAAGGUCAAAUCUCCUUGGGACACAGUUCACUAUAUACGAUGGAGGUGAGGGCCGCAAGAAGACCCUGUCCUCCUCCACCACCACUGACAAGCAGGGAUCUAGACAGGAGCUAUGUGCUGUGAUCUACGAAACCAAUGUCCUAGGUUUCAAAGGUCCUCGGAAGAUGACAGUCAUACUCCCAGGGAUGACAGCUGACCAUCAGCGGGUUGACUUUCGUGCAAGUUCAGAGUCUGACAGCCUCAUAGAACGUUGGAAAACCAAGAACAUGGAUCAGUUAAUAGAACUGUGCAACAAAACACCAGUGUGGAAUGAGGACACACAAAGCUACGUCCUCAACUUCCAUGGCCGUGUCACUCAGGCAUCCGUCAAGAACUUCCAGAUUGUCCAUGAGAGUGACACUGAGUACAUCAUCAUGCAGUUUGGCCGUGUGGCAGAGGAUGUAUUCACCAUGGACUACCGGUACCCCAUGUGUGCUCUUCAGGCCUUUGGAAUUGCCCUCUCCUCCUUUGACUCUAAGCUAGCGUGUGAAUAGUGUGGCAGGUAGCUUAGUUAUCUACUUCUAUGGUAGAAAUGAAGUGCUAUAUAUUCUUGUUUAGAUGAAGAAUAAGAGUGAGAGAGAAGGAAAGAGAAAUGAAGAAAAAGGAAUAGACAGGUAGAAGAAAAGAGAGGAAGAAAGACUGAAACAAAGGGAGAGAGGAUGCCAUAGUGUGAAGUGAACAGUUAAUUGAAUGUUCCAUGAUAAGAAUUUAGGAUUUGUUUUGAGCUUUGUUGUUAUAUCAAAUAUUGUUCUGAAUCCUGAAGCACUUAGAAUUAAAAAACAAAUGAAAUAAUAAUAAUAAUAAUAAUAAUAAUAAUAAUAAUAAUAAUAAUAAUAAUAAUAAUAAUAAUAUGAUGCUUGUACGUAUUUAUAUUUAGGAGCUUUGUGCCAUUUUUGUGGAGUCUCAUAAAUUUUUACUCUGGGAUGUCCAGGAUGGUGUGCUGCUCACCAUGUAGUCUGUAGCCACCUGUCUGUCUGGCACAGUGCUUCACUCAUUCCUGAGCUGGUGAAACACUUCCAACAUGACACUGACAAAUUUCUUAAUUUGUGUUUAUGUCUGUCUUGAUUUCUUUCACCAUGUUUUUAUUAUCAUUAUUAUUAUUAUUAUUAUUAUUAUUAUUAUUAUUAUUAUUAUUAUUAUUAUCAUUAUUAUUUAGAAGAUUUCAUGAUUUCCUGAUGUAUUUAAUUUUUUUAUAACUAUCUUUAUAUUUUAAUUUAGAAGACUUCAUGAUGGAGUGUUAGAUGUUUACAUAUAUUUAGAAUUUUGUGACCUCAUUUGCAUUUUAAUUCAUAAGACACUAUAGGUAGAGUUGGAAAUUUCCAUAUAGAUUUUUUUACUACUACAUUUUCAUUUUAUUUUAUAAGACACCAUGACAGUGAGUCAGCCUUGCUGGUGCUGCUUGCUUGUUGUGGUUUGUUGGUCAAGUUGAGGGUUGGUGAGUCACAACAGGGCUAAAAAACACCAUCCUUUCUGUUUGGUAAUGACUUGACUGACAAAUGUGCUGCAUAUUGCAUUUAUUUGUAUAGAAUGAAUGCAUUUGUGAUGAUCUCUUUUUGAAUCUGAGAUUUUUUUUUUAUAUGAUGCCUUUUAUCUCUUUCUUGUAAAGCUAUACAGUACAGAUAUGAGUAUAUUGGAGUCUGGUAAAAUAUGAAAAUGGCAUCUGCUUUGCAGCUGUGUAUAUUAAAGGAUCUAAUAUAGUUUCAGCUUACAAAGAUGGCACAUUGCAUCACUUCCAGAGAUAUAUUACACAUUCCAGUCAAGCUUUGACUUGCAUUAUUCUGAAUUAAUUUGGCAAGUCUGAAUGUUUGUUCUGAAAUGAAGUUGAUCUAUCAAGCUUGGCUUUCAUACAAACUUGGUGCCAUGUUGUAUGGUGUGUGUGUGUGUGUGUGUGUGUGUGUGUGUGUGUGUGUGUGUGUGUGUGUGUGUGUGUGUGUGUGUGUGUGUGUGUGUGUUCUCUCCUCACUGUGCCUGUUAACUGUCUAUUGACUUAUUUUUCUGUUUUUAACACAGAUAAUUAGGCAUUUUCAGGUGUUUAUCAUUUCAAUUUCAGUAUAAACUUUAACAUUUCAUGCACAUAUAUCUAGGCUAGCUUUAAUGUGCCAUAAUAACAGAGCACAGUGUUAUUCAAUUUUACUUUCUAGUAAUUUGACAUCAGGAAACAAAUUUGUAAGCAUUUAGUGUAUCUUUUCAUUUGACUGAGAGUACAUGUGCUACCUCCUUGUCUUACUUUGCUGUGUGCCUCUUGUAUAAAGGAGGACAGGAAGUAGCUCUGAUAUGGUUCUAUGAUUUUAAGAAUUAUAUGAAAUAGCUGUAGUAGUUUAAUAUAUCCUCUGUGAGGAAAUGUGUCUUGUUUGAUCAAGUAGGGUUUGAUUUAUAUUGGCUGCCAUCCCUCUCAGAUAUCUUUUCAUCCUGUGCUUUCACUAACACAUACUGACACAAGGCAUGCUAAGCUGCUGACUGAUGUCCAUAUAUAAACACAUUUUGCAAGAUGCACAUAUUGAUACUUAGCUGCAAUGUGAGGCUCAUGAAGUAUAUUUUUACUUAGUCACUUAUGCCUGAGUAUGGAAUGCUUAAUACUGUGAACCAUCAACCACCAGCUAGUGUGAGUCUGGCAUCACAGACCAGCCACUCACUUCAGCCACUGAGGAACAAUAACCAGUUUGCUUAAAGACAACAUUUUUUUCCACUCUGCUAAUUACCACCAUUUGAGCAGCACCACCUGGUGAUGUUAGGUGAGGGAGAUGACUGCUAAAGUGAAGUGUUGUCAGGGUGACUCUGAGGAUCCUGAUUGGCCCUUAUUGGUCAGUAACUGUUUGACUGUUAUUCUAUUUUUCCCCAUUUUCAAAAUAGUGUAAUUAAAGCUUUAAUUUGUUUUGUGUACUUAAUGCCUCAUGCCCAAGAUAUUUUUUAUAACAAAAUGAACUGGUUAGGAAAUGAAUGAUGCAUUAAUGAUAUACUUAGGCCUGUAUUGUACAUGUGUGUGUGUGUGUGUGUCUGUGUGUGUGUGUGUGUGUGUGUGUGUGUGUGUGUGUGUGUGUGUGUGUGUGUGAACAGUAGAGAGAUAUCAUUUCUUACCCCUGUCUCUCACUCCAUUACACAUAUUUAAGCGCAGUCACACAGGAGCAGUUCUUAAAGUUUACAUGUGAGGUGCUGUGUGUAGGAAUCAAGUCAACACAAGCUGACAGAUAACCACACCAGACUCUACUUGAGAUUUUUUUUUUUUU